AUGGCGCUGCCCCAGCACCGUGUGUCACACCCGCAGUCCAGCGCCUUCCCCGGCACCGCACCUGCGCGGGGGCUCAGGGUGCGCAGCCUGGUGGAGCCCCCCCGGCUGGCCCUGGGCAGCGACCCCGAGGACGAGCCCGAGGGCGGCCCGGGCGCGCUGCGGCGCGGGCUCCGCUCCACGUCCUACCGCCGGGCCGUGGUGAGCGGCGUGGACCUGGACGGCUCCAACAACUGCAAGAAGAAAAACAGAAUGUCCCAGCCCAUCCUGAAAGCGGUGGUUGAAGAUAAAGAGAAGUUCUCGAGCCUGGGGAGGAUAAAGAAGAUGCUGAAAGGACAAGGGACGUUCGAUGGGGAAGAAAAUGCUGUAUUAUAUCAGAACUAUAAGGAGAAAGCUCUGGACAUAGAUUCUGAUGAAGAGUCUGAGCCCCAGGAGCAGAAGCUGGAUGACAAGGUUGUUUUUCACUAUAAGCCCCUGAGGUCGACGUGGAGCCAGCUCUCCGUGGUGAAGAAGAAUGGACUGUCAGAAGCAAUCAGCCAGGAAGAAAGGAAAAGACAGGAGGCAAUAUUUGAGGUGAUAUCUUCUGAGCACUCCUAUUUGCUGAGCCUGGAGAUUCUGAUCCGGAUGUUUAAAAAUUCCAGGGAACUGAGCCUCACAAUGACCAAAACAGAGAGCCACCACCUCUUCUCCAACAUCACGGACGUUUAUGAAGCAAGCAAAAAGUUCUUUGAGGAGCUGGAGGCAAGGCACCAGAGCAGCAUUUUCAUCGAUGACAUCAGUGACAUCGUGGCGAGGCACGCGGGCUCCACCUUCGACCCCUACGUGAAGUAUUGCACCAACGAGGUUUAUCAGCAGCGCACCCUGCAGAGACUGCUAGCCACAAAUCCAGCGUUCAAGGAGGUGCUGUCCCGGAUCGAGUCCCACGAGGAUUGCCGGAAUUUGCCCAUGAUCUCCUUCCUCAUCCUCCCCAUGCAGAGAGUCACUCGUCUCCCCUUACUGAUGGAUACUAUUUGCCAGAAAACCCCCAAAGAUUCAGCAAAAUACGAGAACUGCAAGCAGGCUCUGAAAGAAGUCAGCAAGCUCGUGCGUCUGUGCAACGAGGGCGCCCGCAAGAUGGAGAGGACGGAGAUGAUGUACACCAUCAACUCCCAGCUGGAAUUCAAAAUCAAGCCAUUUCCAUUGGUUUCCUCUUCACGGUGGUUGCUGAAAAGGGGAGAAUUAAUGGCCUAUGUAGAAGACACUGGACUCUUUUCCAAAAGAACCUCUAAGCAGCAGGUGUACUUCUUCCUCUUCAACGACGUCCUCAUCAUCACCAAGAAGAAGAGUGAGGAGAGUUACAAUGUCACCGAGUACUCGCUGCGGGAGCAGCUGCUGGUGGUGCCCUGUGACGGGGAGGAUCCCUGCUCCUCUCCCGGCAAGAACACGGCAGGGAUGCUCCACUCCGGACGGAAUUCUGCGUGCCACCUCUUCAGGCUCGUGCUCCUCAGCAACCAUGCCGGGGACAGGGUGGAGAUGCUCCUGGGAGCAGAGACUCUGAGUGACAGAGCCCGCUGGAUCACGGCGCUGGGCCAGGACAGUGACGGGCACCACACGGACAGGACCACACUGGCUCAGGUGGAGAUCAUCAGAACGUACACAGCCAAGCAGGCCGAUGAGCUCUCUCUGCAAGUCGCUGAUGUUGUUUUGCUUUAUCAAAAAGUGAAUGAUGGCUGGUACGAAGGGGAGCGGCUGCGGGACGGUCAGAGGGGCUGGUUCCCCUCUGAGUGUGCCAAGGAAAUCACCUGCAGGGCCACCCUGGACAAGAACAUGGAGCGCAUGGGACGCCUGCUGGGGCUGGAAACCAACGUGUAGCCUUGUCCUCACCCCCCACCCUGGGGGCUGCUCUGGCUGGAACAGGGGACAGCGGAGCCACAACCCAGCAGCAGCACACUGGAGCCUCACGCUGGCUCCCGCAGCUCCAGACUGAGCCCUGGCCCCACCAGCAGCACCUUGCAGCAGUGUCCUGAGCACUCUUCUGCAGCUCCUGCCUCCUUACACUCCUGCUCCAUCUGCUUUGGAGCAUCUGAACUUGUUUUCAGCCCCAGAACUCUGCAGGGGCCUGGGUCCCCUGGCCCCACACCUGGAGCUGGCAGUGAGCAGCAGUGCUGGGGUGUCCUGCUCCUGAGGAGCUGCAGUGCUACAGCCCCAGAUGCUGUUCCAGGACACUUGCCCUCGUGUCAGCACCAGUGUGACACCUGCACUCGAGGCACCAGCUCUGUACUCUGUAAAGGCUGACCUACCUGUGCAGUGCAGAUCCAGGGCUGGCCCCAGCCUGGCACAGGCAGAGCCGGCACAGCCUCGGUGAGGAAUCUGCAGCUGUGCCUCCAUGAGGCUGCUCAGACUGGCUCCGAGUCCUGCUGUGGGCAAAGGAUUUCUGAAAGGUACCACACUCCGCAGAGUCAGUGCUGCUGCUCCAUCUUAGCACAGCUAUUUUACUGCAGAGGAACUGCUGCAAGUGGGGCAGUGGUUCCUGCUUUUCCUCAGGGCUGAUGAGGUCUUGCACUUCACUCAGUGCUUCAGAGCAGUGGUGUGAUGAGAACAUGAAAUGCACUGACUGCUCGGGGAACAAAUGCCCUCCAGGGUGAGCAGCGUUCCAGGCACGUGGCUGGACAGGUGUGAGAGUCUGUAUGAUAAAACCCUCCCUUUUAAGGACCAGCUGCUGCCUCAGCAGUGUGGAAACUGCUCACUAGAAACGAGGAGAGAACUUGGCUUUCUUCUUGUUGCCUUCCCCAGCCUCUGCAAAGGGGAGGAAUAUGCUGGUUUUUAUCCUGCAAGAUGCUGAUGUGAGUGUUCAGAAAGACGUGUAGCUCUAAUAAUUUAAACUACAUUAGGAAGACAGUAAUUUUGUACAAAAAUACUUACAUAGACAGUGUGACAGUGGU